AUGCUCUCUCUGUUCCCAGAAAUCCUGCCCAAGCCCACGGUGACGCCCGGCCAAAUCCAGGUGCUGGAGAACUGGACCUUCACCCUCACGUGUAACGGCUCCCCCAGCGCCAACACCGUGCUCUGGCUCCGGGACGAGGUGUCCCUCGCGCCCAGUGAGCGGCUGGUGCUGUCCUCCGGCAACCGGACCCUCAAGGUGCUGGGUGUCACCCGAGGCGACGCCGGCGCCUACCAGUGCGAGGUCGGGAACCCCGUCAUCACCAACCGCAGCGAGCCCAGCACCGUGACGCUGGCCUAUGGACCGGACUCUGCCCAGAUAGACCCACCAGGAUCCAUCGCCCUGACUCUCGGGUCGCUUCUGAACCUGACAUGCGUCGCCGACUCUGUCCCAGCCCUGAGCUAUCGCUGGGUUCUCAAUGGCACCGACACUAAGGAGACCGGGAGCAGCUUGACUUUUAAUCUCACGACCUGGGCUCAGCAGGGGACGUACGAGUGCCGGGCUCACAACCCCGUCACCGGCCGCACUGCCUGGGCGUCUGUCGCCGUGUGGGUGACAGGGUCGGGUGCUCCUUCAGCUCUCUCUGCCUGGGCCAUCGCUGGGAUCGUCAUCGGGUCACUGGUGGGGGCGGCGCUGGUCGGAGUCACGGUCCAUUUCCUCUACUCUCGCUGCCGGAACGAGACCCCCAAGGAGAACGAGGCACCCACGCUGCAGCCCCAAGAGCUGAACAUGUAUGAGGAACUGAAGAAGUGA